CCACCUUUUUUCAUUGUUAAGGACGCGGUGGAAUGUGAUGGUUUGAUCUCAAACGGACCAGGGAGGGGAAUAUCCAAAAGGAAAGGACCGAAGAAAGUGAUUUAGGGAAAGGGGGGGAAACAAAAAACGCAAUUCCCCCUGUGUCCUCCAACUCUCUGGUUGUGUCUCAGAAUAUGUGGAUGAACUUGUCCUCGCCGUGUCGGCAGCAGCGAGUCCUACCGUCCGCAUGAGCUCCAGCCGUGUGAAGUUGUGGAUUUAACGCUGAGUUGUUCUGUCCCGGCGGUGGACCAGCUAAAGGAUGGAGACUUUGAGAAGAGGAGCUUAACGUGCGACAGACAGAAAGAUGCAUCUUAAAUAGAGCCACUGAGGUCUCCAUUCAGCUGCAGCAGGCAGCUAAUGCCAAGGCUCAGGCUGAUGAAGCACUGCCAAGCUCUGCCAACCAAGAUGACAGAUUCGUCUGCUAAACGCCACUCUGAGGGAACUUCAAGGUCUUAAAGCGACAGUGACGGACAGAACGCUGGGGGAAAAGAGUAUUUUCCCCAAGAAAGGACUUGAUAACACUUCCACACAAAUGUGGACCUCCCAAAACAUUGUCAUCAAAUAAUCCGAACAACAAAGCAAACACAACAGAUAAAACACAAAGAAUUUUGUAGCCAUGUCUGACAAUAAAGACGUGACACAUCGCCACCUGCGGCACAAGUUACAGAACCUCGGCCGAAGACUGGAUGAACUGGAAGAAGCAACCAACAAGCUGCAGAAGGCUGAGGAUGAGCUACUUGACCUGCAGGACAGAGUCAUCCAGGGAGAAGGCAGCAACUCAUCCCUGCUCGGAGACGUGGAGGACCUUAGGAAACGUCUCCUAAAGAUUCAGGGGAAGGAUGAGGAGGUACGCAAAGCUGAGGAUCUCUGCCGCACAGUCAGAGAGAAACUGGAAGAAGAGGAAAGCCUGACGAAGGAGCUAAAGGCCGAGAUUGAACGUCUACAACGGAGGAUGGCGGAACUGGAGAAACUGGAAGAAGCUUUUGGGAAAAGCAAGUCUGACUGCAGCCAGCUCUGCCUGAGCCUGAAUGAGGAAAAGAACUUGACCAAGAAGCUAUCGUCAGAGUUGGAGGCCCUCAAAGCACGUCUGAAGGAGGUGGAGGGCUCUGAGACAAAGCUGGAGAGAGCAGAGGAGGCUUUGGCUAUGGAUCUUGAGAAACUCAAAGGAUUCACCCAAACCUUUAUGAGUGAGCGUAAGAGGCUAGUAGAGAAACAGAGAGAGGACGAGAAGAUCAUUCUGAAGCUGACAGAAAAAUUGGAGCACCAGAAGAAUUACCUUGGCCUGUCUGCAGAUCCCGGUCGUGCAGAUUUCAUGAGGUCACGAAUUGAGGAUGAGCUUUCAUCCACAGGGCUCCUCACGGGUAAACUGGCUGGACGCAAGAAGAGCCUUGAGUACUUGAAGCUGGCUGAUGACAACAUCGGUCUUGUGAACAAAUCUGAGAAUGAGAAGAACAGCGGUCUUGAAGGCUCCCAGGAUGAGGACAACAAAGUAAAGGAGCUGACACAGGAAGUAGAGAGACUGAAGAAUCGCCUUAAACAGCUGGAGAUAGUGGAGGAGGAUCUAAAGAGUUCAGAGUCCAGAAAUGGCGAACUUCAUGAGAAGUUCCAGAUGGAACGAAACCGUGCUCGCCAACUGAACGAGCAGGUGGAACAGCUCAGGACACAGCUGUGCGGGAAAGGUGGAAUUGGAAGAAAUGGAACCAGUAAUGUGGAUAAACACGGCAAUGUAAGCACCAACAUUUGCCCCAACAGCCCUGCUAAAGUCCUGGAGAAUGGCAAAGCUGAGAAUGAAGAGAGUAUUGUGAAGGGAUGUUUCAGACAAGAGAAACCCAAAUAUAGGAGUGCUGCAACUGUCUCAGAGCCGAGUUCCCCCAAACACAGAAACAGGGAGCUCUCUCCUCAGCAUAAGAAAGAGACAAAGCUGAGGAGCAAAGAUCCCAACCACUCAGAGGAGAGCUCUCCCAAGUCUGUGAGGAGAGCCCUGAGUCCUGCACACAAGAGUAGAAGGACACCCAAAACCCCAGCUACUGCGAUUUCUUCUGAUAACGGAAACAGAGACACAAGACGAGGCAGUGAGGAAAAGACGAGAGGAACCACUCCCUGCUCUGUAAACGCCUCCUCUACUGAGAUUAAGAAAGCGCCAGUUCUUAGCCGCUACCCUCCAGCAGCUAAUGACCAGAAGCCACUGAGGACGGCUCACAAACAGACUGAUGCGGAUGAUAAAAAGGGCAAAGUAGAAACGUUUUCAAAACUAUACGUAGGUAGUGAUGGUGAAUCAAACAACUCUGAUGUAGUGCCCAAUAGUUCAAGUACCAUCAACAGUAUCUCUGCUUUAGAGAAGGACACAGCGUCUGCCUCAGAUCAGGAAUCAACAGACCAAGUUCAGGAAUCUGUCUCUGGAUCUGUCGCCCCUACCCUGUCCAAAGCCAAUGGGGCCUACGCAGCCUUCAGAUCCCCCGUUACUCCAAUGUUGCCCAACGACCAGGGGUCAGAAGGUCAUUCAUCUGCCUCUGAAACAGAAUAUACUGGUUCAAGGCCCUCUGAACUAGAGCCUGUAACUGAGACGACUACUUCAACUGUAAGCAGUAGGACUGCAACCCCCAGAUGUCCUAGACACCCCCAUGUCCAUGACUCCCAUUCCGAGGGUUCUUCUUCCAGGAGCUCGUUUGAUGAAGAGCUCCACAACAGAACACUGUUAGCUGAGGGAGGCCACCAGGGGUCCACACAUACUGCAUCGGAGAUCGAGAUCCAGCGAGUGUGCAGCCCACGCGAGGCUCUGAGGUCCAAAGCUGUCAUCAAGCCUGCGAUCGUAGAGAUCGACAGGAAGGAAGUGAUGAUUUCAGAACCUUUGUCUACAAAUGGCAAACCCAAAAUCUCCACCAAACCCAUGGUGACCACCACUAGUAAAAUGACCAGUAGUAUAACCAUCUACCCCAAUGACCCAAGCUCUUCAAGAACAAGCAGUCGCAGCAGCAGUGUGUCCAGUGAGCCCAUGCCGAUCAAAGAACGCCACACCUCCACCAGUAACAUCCUCAUAGGCCCCAGCAGUGAGCACCAUGGCAGCAUCUCCGUCCCGUAUGAGAUCUCCAUUCCCAAAAGUGAGAUCACCUUGCGGUCGUGCCAAGACCAGGACUGCAUAGUAGACGACCCGAGUGAUUCCUCAUCAAGGUCCAAACACCACAACACUUCCAGAGUGGAGACCACCACCAGCCACCUGUGCUGCCAACGUGGCAACUUCAGCCUCCAGUCCAUGGACACCACCUCUGCAGACUUCAACGACACAGAGUCAGGCUUCGAAAGCAGCAGCAGUAGCACCACCACGGUCACCAGCUGGAGACACCAAAGACAAGGCCAGCACUCCCAAGAAGACAGUUUACCAGACUCAAAGAAUGUGACCGUGAGAAGCACCUGGAAGAACCGGGACACUGUGUCAACGGAUGAGUCGGGCCGAGGAAGAGGAGGUGCAAGGACCAUGACUGAUGGGGGGUCUGAGGAUGAAGCAGAGGUCGCAACAACAUGGAGGGCUUACCGGGCAACCACGUUUGACACAGAAGAAACAAUAAACAGCGGAACAGGAGCUGGUGGGAAUGCCGAGGCACAGAGGGGAGUCAAGCCGUCCCCUGCAGAGGUGUACAUGCGUAGGAUCAACAGUGUGGUCACUAAUACCAGAGAGGUCGAGGACCCCGUGAUUCGCAGAGGCAAACGCUCACAGUCUCCCACCACGGAAGCAAGAGGCCCGGGAAAGAUCGUACCCCACGCACCCGUUACCGCUCAGUCCUGGGGCCGAUCCUACACACAACAACCACAGGCUGCUGAUAGCGCAGAGCCCAGUCCAAUCCCGAGCGACAGUCCAGCCUCCUGGAGGCGGCAGAUGCCCGGCAGCGACUCUCAUCACCUGGGGAGCUCUAGUGACCGGGCGUCCAAGACGGCGGGGGCCUCCUCCAGAGGGGAUCUGUGGUCCAGUCGGGGUCAAGGGCCAGGGGCCAGAGCUGAAGGGAGGAGUGGAGCGGGGAGCCGACCAUGGAGUCAUCGUCACUCUGAGCAUCAUUAGACCACUUGGGGUCUUAGCAGCACUUCUUCAGCAAGAGGACAGCAUUCCAUCAAGCUCUCAAUGGCACAAGAAGAGCCAAAACAUCAGUCUCCCAUCAACUAAUGGCUUCCAUCUCCAAAAGUCAACAUCCACAGCUUUUAUAGCAAAGAAAAGAAAACUAGCAGUUGCAGCCACAUAGUACAACAAACCACAGACCUGACAUCCUUACUCUGACCCCGAGUGUGUGCUGAGACGUGAACAGCUCGUCCUAUCCGGAACUUUCUCUGUCCCAAAAGAGGCAUAAAUGGAAAGACGGUGCCUGUACAGUGUUUUGGAGGUCGCCUCACCAGCCCAUGUAUCCUCUUCUGCUUCUCGUGUUGGAUGUAUUAUAGUGUAAUCUCGAAACUUGACAAGGGAGAGGCUGGCAUGUUGAGGACGGCUGGGGAUUUUCCUGUGUGCCAGAAAGGGUUUAAGAAGAAGGACUCAAAAUGUUCCUCAGAGGACCAUUACAGUGACCUCAAUGGAGCUGGAUAUAUCGCUUCUGCAUCAGAAUUUCAACCUUUCUCCAUCACUGAAAAAAAACAACAACAACCCAAUCUUCAAUCAACAGCAGUACAAUGUUUAAGAUGCGUCUUCAUCUCACAGGGCUGGAUCUUCAUGCAGAGUUCUUCACAAACUAGUAGAUCUUUAACUUUGUAAUGUGACCAAAAACAGGAAGUGAAUUAUUGCACAUAACAUGUGCACGUUUUUUAUUUUUGGUUCAUUUUCAGCCCAUGUCACCACUUUCUGGCAUGCGGCCUCAAAACUGGAUUUAAUUUGGAGUCUUCGAUGUUGAGUGAACAUAUGCAUGUUUCUAAGUAAUAAAUGAAGAGCACUUGAAAGGUUGUGACUCAGCAUGUACUCUGCCUAAAGGAUUGUUGGUUGGCUGCAUUUAAGGAGCGCGCACACACACACACACACACACACAUACACACACAUACACACACAUACACAGAUGAAUUCUGACAGGCCGGGACCUUAUUUAUGCUUUUUCCCAUUUUCACCAGUUAUUUAGAUUCUUUGUAAUUCGCUUCCUGUUCUGCAUUAUCCUUUCCCUUUCUGCUCAACCAUAUCAAGAAAAAAAAGAAAAGUAGUUUGCACGCAGUGAAAUGCAACGCACAUGUAGAAAAAUGAAUAAUUGGGGGGGGGAUAUUGUUUAUAACCUCAAACCAUGCUACAAUUUCCAUGGUGCUUUGUUUUACAGCUCUUGCAAAUGUCCUCAUUCAUGUAUUUGAGAGCCAUAGCAAAAGAGGAGUUUCUGUCUUAACUGAACAUUGGACUUCGGAUUACCGCAAACCUGGCCUGGCAAGGUGGACAUUUUUUUUUUUUUUUCCCAGUGCUGCUGUAAAUACUGGUCUAUGUGCCAGCCAGUCAUAGGAAGACACGAGACUCCUAAUCACAAGGAAGUGACAGUUCAGCUUGUAUGUGACUGGGUUCGCCGUGCGAAUUGUCCCAGCUUAUCUCCGUUUCUUAUUUCUGUAGAGGUGUAUUGUUUUGUCACAUCCAUAAAAUAUCAACAUGCGGUUGGUAUGUUGGAGCAAUCUCUCACAGGAGGGGUGCCACUGCAACAAUGGGGGGGGUGCCAUAAACCAGUAUAGUAGUGGCCAGUAAUUCAAAUAAGGUGUUUUCAUUGAGGUGAAUGGUGCAUAUCAAGGACUUUUAUUAGGCUCCUGCUGGACUUUAGAUCUGACACACAACAUUUAUUGCAGUACGACAGGCGAUGUCGACGUUGAUCCUUCCACAAAAUAUAUGAAUGUUGCUACUGAAUGCAGCUGAGAAUGACCGAUGGCUUGAUGCCCCGAUCCAACACGACUGCACUGUUUAUCUGACAGGAUCAAUAACCAUAACUGACAGCUUGGGACACGUGAAAUCUGUUCAAGAACUUAAAACGCUCCAUCUGGUUCCUCUGCUGUUAUGGAUCUCAAUGCUGUCACAACCAGCUGGGGACGGGAUUUCUCAGUUCUCCUGUAUUCUACCAGCCGCCAUCUAGCUGUAGUAUUUAUUAGUCUUCAUACAUGUACAGGUUAUUUUGCUGAGAGGUCUGUUGCCGCUUUGUCACUUUACUGUUUAUGCAAGCAGGAGAUUAUAUGCAAUCAAUAAACUGUCCCCCCCCCCUCAUGCAAUGUUUGUAACAACGUCAGUCAUCAUGCUUUACAUACAAAUCGGUGAUAACUCCAAACGUAACUGUUUGUUUACCUUCAGAAUGCACAUUUUCACUAAUAUCUACUUUUACUUUUUGCUAGAAAUAUCUACAGUAUGUUCAUCUGUGCCUUGAGAUAAAGUAAGGGAGAGAGAUUAUUACAACAAAUUCACACCUGCACCAAAUUGUUAGUCAUAAAUAACAUGCAAUACUGAUUGUGAGGUUGACUUUUUAUUUUCGAGGAUUGUUGUGUGGAACAUCGGAAAAGUAUUUUUGGUUUAAGUGUAAAAAGAGGUUCUUAGAAGGAACUCCCCCCUGAGGAUGUCGGAGCAAGGUUCCCUGAGAAAGGGCUAGUUUUUUUGUUGUUUUUUUUGUUGUUUUUUUUUCUUCCCAAACCCAACUUCAAAGUAUCCUCUUUAAAGAGUAUAGACCGCACCGCCCAAAAAGCUAUGUCCUUUGGAUUUGUCUGUCAGGGUUGCAGCCUCAGAGAGGAUUGCCAUGUGGCCACUUCAUGGCCACUGCUGGCUUUAAGGCUGUUCAGAGCUCCUAGUGCGCACGCCAAGACUUGAUGAUCAUGUAGUCUUUCUCUGUUAUUGUUUCUUCUCCCACUCUUCUCAUUUACCAAGAGGGAAUGCGAUCUUUUCCCCCAAUCCCUCAUCUUCUCAACCAAUUUCUAAUUUCCCUUUUAAUACGUUAGAGAAGUUAAGUGUCCCUCUUUCCUCUUUCUCAUACUUGCUUCCUUCUCACUUCCUAAAGGGGAGGCCUAGACCUAAACAGCAGUGCUAUGUGUUCAGUUAUUUUAUUGAAGGCGAGAGGCCCGUCACCAGGCUGUGAUGGGCAGCGCCGCAGGUAGCUGAAAGGUCAGAGGUCAGAGCUGCAUCUAAUCCUGUCUGUAUGUCUUGACUCAGGGCUUGUAAAUACAGGCGAGAGGGAGACCGACAGCUUGGCAGUGAUGUCCACUUUAGGGACAAUUAAAACAGACGAAGGUAUCGAAUGUCCAGCUCUGCCUGAGCUCAUGCUGCCAGAGAUGCACGCGGUGUGGUCGUCCAUUGGUGUGUGUGUGUGUGUGUGUGUGUUGUUAUUAAUAUGUCAGCGAGGGCUUCUCGUUUAAAGCUCGACAUGUCAA